CGUGUUCUCUGCAGGACUCAAGGGUAACUGGACUUGUUGAUGUUGAGUUGGCGUUUUGGAUGAAGAGCCGAAGAGAGUCCAGUCAUUAUAACAAAGCACCAGCAGUUUUCAUGAAUUUCAAAUCAAGUGCUGUUGAUCGAGUGCCAUGACCGUACGAAGAGUGAAUGUGGCUAUUCUUGUUCUGAUUCUCGUCGCCUUUUUAAUUAUUUUGCAUCGAAAUCUGCUGAAUCUCAAUGAUUUCCUGAAGCAAGAGAAUCAAGACACCGCUCCUGGGAUGGUCCUGCCCUUCGAGACGGACUUCCUGUCGGAUCAUGAGGUCAUCAGGUCAGGAGAUGAGAUUCCUGUGGUCAUCACCGCUCCAGAGGAGAGACUGGGAGCUGCUGUCACUGCCAUGAACAGCAUCCACCGCAACAGCAAAGCCAAUGUAGUGUUCAAUAUAGUGACACUAAAUGAGUCGGUGGUCCACCUCAGAACAUGGUUGAGUAAGACUGACUUGAAGCACAAAAUUAUCGUAUUUGAUCUGAAGAUCCUCGCAGGAAAGAUUUCUAGCGAUCCUCAGAAGCUGGAGGCAGUGAAGCCGUUGACCUUUGCUAGAUUCUUCCUGCCAGUUUUCUUGCCGGAUGCAGAGAAAGCUAUUUAUCUGGAUGAUGAUGUUAUUGUACAAGGGGACAUUCAGGAGCUUUUCGACACCAGUAUUAAGCUGGGACAUGCUGCAGCUUUCUCAGAGGACUGUGACUCUGCAUCCUCUAAAGGCAUCGUCAGAGGAGCUGGAAAUCAGAACAGCUAUAUUGGUUUUUUGGACUUCAAAAAAGAGGCGAUCAAGAAGCUUGGAAUGAAAGCGAACACUUGCUCGUUCAAUCCUGGAGUCUUUGUGGCCAAUUUAACUGAGUGGAAGCAGCAGAAUAUCACCAGGCAGCUUGAGUUCUGGAUGGAGCGCAAUGCCAAGGAGGACCUUUACAGUAAGACUUUAGCAAACAGCAUCACAACGCCACCUAUGCUCAUUGUAUUCUACAAGACCCACUCAAACAUCGAUCCACUGUGGAACGUCCGACACCUCGGGGCGACAGGAGCUGGUAAUCGGUAUUCACCUCAGUUUGUUAACGCUGCCAAACUUCUCCAUUGGAACGGACAUUAUAAACCUUGGGGAAGAUCCUCGACUUAUUCUGACAUUUGGGACAAAUGGUACAUUCCAGAUCCCACAGGCAAAUUCCACCCAAUCCGAAGACAUGCUGAGGAAAAAUAAACUCUGAUUUGGGCUACAUGAAGGA